GUAAAUGACUUUCAGCGGUACAGUUGUUGAACCAUGCUUCUUAAAUCCCAUAUUGAUGGUUCCGCGACACACGAUCAAUACCAUGUUAAAACAUGGGCAGGUGGGCUGCAACAAUGCUAAGUUCCAUUGUCUGUCGAAAGACGACCAAUCCAAAGAGCAAAAGGAAACAAGACCGAGUACAAAGCAAAGAUUCAACAAUGAAACCGGCCGAAGA